CUGCAUGUUGCCCCUCAGUGCUGAUGUUGCUGCAGUAGAGAUGUGAUCGUUUACACUCAGCGUUCCCAUUUCUUUCUUUUUUCUUUAGUGUUUGUAGCCUCUCCUUAAAGUCACCAUGAAGACGAGGUUCACCACCGUGGACAUCAGAGCGGUGAUUGCCGAGAUCAACACCAACUACAUCGGCAUGAGAGUAAACAACGUGUAUGACAUCGACAACAAGACGUAUCUCAUCCGGCUGCAGAAGCCUGAGAGCAAAGCGGUUCUUCUCAUUGAAUCUGGGACUCGGAUUCACUCGACAGACUUCGAAUGGCCCAAGAACAUGAUGCCUUCAGGCUUUGCAAUGAAAUGCCGAAAGCACCUGAAGACACGUCGGCUGACCCACGUUAAGCAGCUCGGCAUCGACAGGAUCGUGGACCUCCAGUUUGGUUCAGAUGAAGCCGCCUACCACCUGAUUGUUGAACUAUACGACAGGGGAAACGUCAUACUAGCUGACCACGAGUACACCAUCCUGAACCUGCUGCGCUUUCGCACUGCGGACGCAGAAGAUGUAAAGAUUGCUGUGAGAGAGCGGUACCCUGUGGAGAAUGCCAGGCCUCCUGAACCUCUCAUCAGUCUGGAGCGACUCAGUGAAAUUCUCAGCAAUGCAACACAUGGGGAGCAAGUGAAAAAGGUCCUGAAUCCUCACCUUCCUUACGGAGCCACUCUGAUAGAACACAGCUUGAUAGAAGUGGGACUGCUGGGCUCCGUCAAAGUUGACAACAAAGUUGACGUUGCCGAAGUUGCACCGAAAAUCCUGGGGGCCCUGCAGGUUGCAGAAACCUACAUGGAAAAAACUAAGAACUUCAGCGGCAAAGGUUACAUCGUUCAAAAGAGUGAGAAGAAGCCAAGCUUAACUCCCGACAAACCCAGCGAGGAACUGCUCACAUAUGAUGAAUUCCAUCCAUUCCUCUUUGCCCAGCAUUCAAAGAGCCAUUACUUGGAGUUUGACACGUUUGACAAGGCAGUGGAUGAGUUCUUCUCUAAGAUGGAGAGCCAGAAGAUCGACAUGAAGGCCUUACACCAGGAGAAACAGGCUAUGAAGAAGUUGGAAAAUGUGAAAAGAGACCACGAGCAGAGGCUGGAGGCUUUGCACCAAGCGCAGGAGGUGGACAGAGUGAAAGGGGAACUGGUGGAAAUGAACCUGCCCGUGGUGGAGAGGGCGCUGCAGGUGGUGCGCAGUGCAUUGGCCAAUCAGGUGGACUGGACUGAGAUCGGCACUAUCGUCAAGGAAGCGCAGGAUGCUGGAGACCCGGUGGCAUGUGCCAUCAAGGAGCUGAAGCUGCAGACCAACCAUAUCACUAUGCUUUUGAAGAAUCCAUAUAUUUCUGAGGAAGACCAGGAAGAGGAAGAGAAGAUCAAGGUGGUGGAGGAGAAAGGGAAGAAAAACAAGAACAAAGACAAAGGACAGAGUAAGAAGCUGCAGAAGAACAAGCCCAUGUUGGUGGACGUGGAUCUGGGCCUGUCGGCGUAUGCCAAUGCCAAACGGUACUAUGACUACAAACGCACUGCUGAAAAGAAAGAACAGAAAACCAUGGAAGCAGUGGGCAAGGCCAUGAAAUCUGCAGAGAAAAAAACCCAGCAAACCUUGAAGGAGGUCCAGACGGUGACCACCAUUCAGAAGGCCAGGAAAGUCUACUGGUUUGAGAAGUUCCUCUGGUUCAUCAGCUCAGAGAAUUACCUCAUCAUCGCAGGAAGGGACCAGCAGCAAAACGAGAUGAUUGUCAAACGCUACCUCCGGGCCGGUGAUAUCUACGUUCACGCUGACCUCCACGGAGCGACGAGCUGUGUUAUCAAAAACACUUCAGGUGAUCCCAUCCCUCCUCGCACCCUGACAGAGGCCGGAACUAUGUCCGUGUGCUACAGUGCUGCCUGGGACGCAAAGAUCAUCACCAGCGCUUGGUGGGUCCAUCAUCAUCAGGUGUCUAAGACAGCUCCCUCUGGAGAAUACCUGACCACUGGAAGCUUCAUGAUCAGAGGGAAGAAAAACUUUCUGCCUCCUUCGUACCUGAUCAUGGGCUUCGGAUUCCUCUUCAAGGUGGAUGAACAGAGCGUGUUUCGGCACAAAGGGGAGAGAAAGGUGAAAACUGUAGAGGAAGAUAUGGAGGAAGUCACGUCCAGAACUGCCGAGCUGUUAGAGGAGGGGGAGGAGCUGAUAGGUGACGACAGCAGCAACGAAGAUCAGGGGGAGGAAAGAGACGGAGGGAACAAGGAGGUGAAAAAGGAGGAGGGAGAAGCAGACGUGGAGGAAGAGGAGGAAGGCAGGGAUGAUGAAGAGGGGAUGGAAAAGGAGACGGAGGACGGAGAGGGGGAGGAAUUCAGCUUUCCGGAUACGACCAUCUCCCUCACUCACUUGCAGCCCAGCAGAAGUGUUCAGAACCCUGGCUUCAAAAAGGAAACAACCUCUCAGGCUGAGGUGGACUCACAGGUGAAGAAACACGUGACGGCCAAGCAGAGGAGAGAAGAGAAGAAGAAGAAACAGAAACAAGAGGGUUGUGAUGUCGAGGAGAAGACCGACACCUCACAUGGUGGAUCAGCAGCCGACCAGGGGCCCAAAGCUGCAGGAGGCCCCUCACAGCCGCCGCUGAAGAGAGGUCAGAAGAACAAACUGAAGAAGAUAAAAGAAAAGUACAAAGACCAGGAUGAGGAGGACAGGGAGCUGAUGAUGCAGCUGCUUGGGUCCGCCGGUUCUGCUAAGGAGGAGAAGGAUAAAGGGAAGAAAGGAAAGAAGGGGAAAGGUAAAGACGAACCCAUAAAGAAACCGCCGCCUCCGAAACAACCUCAGAAACCUCGUAACACGGAAACGGCUGCAAAGAAACCAGAGCAGGCGGGAGGAGAGGAGGGCGGGGACGACAGGCAGCGCGGAGAGGAGGGAGGUCCUGCUGAACAGGAAGACAAGGAGGACGAGGCAGACCAGGACAACCCUGGAGCUGAGGAAGCAGAGACUCUGCUCACCUCUCUGUCAGGGCAGCCCCAUCCUGAGGACGUGCUGCUGUUUGCUGUCCCCGUCUGUGCGCCGUACACCGCCCUCUCCAACUACAAACACAAGGUUAAACUGACACCAGGUUCUCAGAAGAAAGGAAAAGCUGCACGUACGGCUGUUCUGAGCUUCAUGAAAGCCAAAGAGGCCUCAACCAGAGAAAAGGACCUGUUCCGCAGCGUCAAGGACUCGGACCUCUUCAGGAACAUGCCUGGGAAAGUUAAAGUGUCUGCUCCAAACCUGUUGGCUGCUAAGAAGAAAUGAGAGGUGAACAGACGUGAUGAGGUUUCAAGUAUUUCAUCGACACAGAACUUCACACUUUGACUUAUUUCAGUAAAACUCUGCCGACAUCAUCAGUGUGAGGGUUUACUGGUUAAAAUCUGCAGUGACCUUGUUUCAAUAUGAAUAAUUUUAUUUUUUAAAUUGAUUGUAUUUGUUGCCCAACAAUGUUUGAAAUGAAAACCUGUAAAUUAACAAAGAUGAGUAACAGAAACCAACCUUUUGUGUUUAUUUCUUUGAAUACAAAGUUAACACUCUUCAUUUAAACCUACAAUAAAAAAAAAACACACACACACACAAAGGGAACAUUGUGCAAACUGGGCGAAUACACAGCCCUACUGACAAGAGGCAUUUCAGUGCAACGUGGCGAAACAUCCACUGUACGUUCAGUAUUUAAGUUAUUGAUUUUAAUAAGAUUCAACGCUACAGGAGCCACUUGAUUGACAGGCUUUGAAAAGCCAUUUUCAGAACACAGAACCAACACACUUCCUCACAAUUAUAUAAAUAGCUGUAUAUACAAAUAGAAACUAAAAGUUAACACCCAGAGUAGAUGAGCUUGUGUUGCACAAAGCAGUAGUUUUAGGUCUGUAAGUACUGAACACUGUGCCAGACAUUAGUUUUAGGAAUCAUUUAAAAAAAAAAAAAAAAAAAAAAAUACUCAAAGCAAAACUGUUUCAUUGUUUGCGCCACAGAAAGUAGUGUUUAGACAAUGGAGCCUUUUUAAUUGGCUUCAGAGAAAGACCAGUGAAAGUCACUGUUUUAAAAUUGGACCGGCUGUGUUGUUUAUAUAAAGAAUCAGGUUCUCAGGUGAACUGCAACAUGCACGUUGACUUUCAGGAGAACGUUUCUGAACCAAAGCUGAAGUUCUGCCUCUUACAAACUAUAUUUUUCUUCACUCUGUCAGAACAAUGCAUUUUACUCUUUCUCCCAGUGAUCUUUCUGAAAACAUUCAAACAUGAGUCGUUUUCUGUCCGUAUUAUUAGAUAAAAUUAUCUUCUACUACAAAGCCUGACUGACUUAUCAUUUGGCCAAUAUGAGCCUUAUAGACACAUCAGUAUCUGCGUUUGUUAGAUGAAAACUUUAGUUUAACUGAAUGCAGAAAAGAUGUUUAUAUUUUAUAUAAAUUUGCUCUUUCUUUUUAAUUAGUUAUUUAUAAUCAUGUUUAUGGUCAAACAAGCUGUAGUUAAAUUUCUUUGUUAGAAUCUUGGGAAUCAUUGCUCAUCUUUUCAAAUCUAUAUCCGCCAAAAUAUUGGAUUUUUUUCUCUCCCAAAUAUCAGUAUCACCCUCAAAAAUCUCAAUCAGGCUAAAAACAUUAUUUCAAAAUAAAAACAUGAUUUUUCUUAAUAUUCAACACCAACACCUCUGUAUAAAAAUGGUCGUUGUAGUGGUUAGCUACAAUGGGAUGAUCUUUUUAACAUUUACUCAUCCACUACAGUAGUAGAGACACUUAUGUAAUAAUAUGGA